UAAAUCUAAGUUUACUGCCGUAUUAUAUAAACUCUUGGAAUCGCAGCAAUGAAAUGCUCUAGAUUUCGUUCCAGUGGUCUCAAGCAAGACAAUCAAAGUCUAGCAGCCAAUUCUAUAUCGGAUUCACUUGCCACCAUUUUCCAACCAAGUCCCCACUAUGGCAGAUAUCAAACCAUACACCAUCUCUGUCGAUGGUCAACGCAUAAAGGAAUUGAAAACACGAUUAUCUCUAGCCAAGUUUCCUGACGAGCUUGAUGAAGCUGGAUGGGACAUGGGUGCUCCUCUUGCCGAUAUCAAGAGAUUGACGAAAUAUUGGCAGGAAUCAUAUGACUGGAAGAAGGCAGAAGAUGACCUAAACAAAGUACCGCAGUUCGUCACCGAUAUUCAAUGUGACGGAUUUGAUCCUCUUGCAAUCCACUUCAUUUAUGUCCGUAGCAAGGUCAAAGGUGCUAUCCCCUUGCUCUUCAUUCACGGUUGGCCUGGCCACUUUGAAGAAGUAUUGAGGAUACUGAAGCCCCUGGCCGAAGGCGGUGACGGUGUCAAAUAUCCCGCCUUUGACGUCGUUGCGCCAUCGUUACCCAACUUUGGAUUCUCCGAGGGACCGAAGAAGCGAGGCUUUGCGAUGGAACAGUAUGCGGAGACUAUGAACAAGCUCAUGUUAAAGUUAGGAUACAAAGAAUACGUCACACAGGGAGGUGAUUGGGGUUGUCAUAUCAGCAAAGCUCUCGCACAUUUAUAUCCAAAGUACUGUAAGGCGACACUUUACAACUACGACUCCGCAGACGCUCCCGAAUUCUUUAAAAACCCUAUUCUAGCCUUGCAGCACGCCAUAACGCCCUACAACCCCCGAGAGCAGCACGGCGUAGGCCGAUCCAACUGGUUCGAGAGGGAAGGUAAGGGGUACAACCUGGAGCAAUCCACCAAACCCCAGACUCUUGGCUACGCGCUGGCGGAUAGCCCGGUAGCUUGUCUAGCCUGGAUCUAUGAGAAGCUCCACGAUUGGACGGAUUCGUACCCUUGGACAGACGACGAGAUCCUGACUUGGGUCAGCAUCUACUGGUUCAGCACUGCGGGCCCCGCCGCCAGCAUUAGGAUCUAUUAUGAGACAGCCCACAACGUCGACGGCAGAAAGAACAAGAUAGAUCGCCAUAAGUUGAGGGAGUGGACAGGCGGCGUGAAGCUUGGUUUCAGCCACUUUCCCAUGGAUUUGCAGGUUCGGCCCAGCACAUGGGUACGCACGCUGGGUCCUGUGGUAUUUGAAAAGGAGCACAGCAGUGGCGGCCAUUUUGCUGCUUGGGAACGACCUGAUGAUAUUGUGAGUGACGUUAGGGAGAUGUUCGGAAAAGGUGGGGGUGCCUUCGGUGUCGUAAAGGGGGCUACAGGAUAUACUUCAUGAAGACGCCAUUUGAGAUAGGACGCGGCGUUCCUCAGCAGGGUUCGUCCGUAGCUUUUUUUCACUUGCAUUGGUAUAUCAUAAGACAAAUUGUAAACUCGCAU